AGAGCCUACAAUGCCGGCUCACUCUUCUCUUCGUCAUCCGAAGAAGACGCUUCUGAAGGCCUCAUCCUUCGAUGUCCUGCGUCAACUUGCGUUCGAUACUGAGAAUGCCUUCAGCCCUGGUAUGAAACGACCGCUAUCUUCUAUACCUCUUCCAAGUCCUAAGCGACCGGCUUCAUCUGGCAAUUUAAUCGACCAGAUCACUAAGUGUGGUGAGCAAGAAAGCUCACUCGCCUUUCAAGUUGGAAAUGCCAGCAAGUACGAUGUUUUUACUGAUCGACCAACAUCCGGAACGGAUUACAAGGAUUCCUCCUCAAAAGGAACUGAUGAUAGUAUUGAAGAGCCUUCACCUGAGGCCUCGCGGGAAAAUGGCAGUUGGGCUCUGGUUUCUCGCCAGCCUCCUUCAGUCGACGCUCAAAACAUCUAUCCAUCGUCGGCCUGCGUGUUUGUCGCCAACCUAACCCAAGCAUUUGACGACCGAAAACUAGAAAUCGAAGUCACUAAAUGUUUCUCGCAGUACGGCACUGUCUUCGUCAAGAUUCGUCGGGAUAGCCGUCAGAUGCCGUUUGCUUUCUGUCAAUUCACAUGCGAUGCCGACGCAGAGAAUGCCGCCCACCACGGAAACGGAGCAAUUAUACUCGGACGCCCAUGCCGCGUCGAAAAGGCCACUGCUAACUCCUGCUUCGUUGUAUACAAGCUGUCCGGCGCGGAAACAACCAGACAAGAAGCCAUCGAUCUGCUCGGCUCCUUGGGCACGAUAGCCAAGGUCCAUCCCCUGGACCUCAACAGCCAGAAGACGGACAGGUUUCCGUCGGCAAUGGUAGUUCACUAUAAGCGCUACGACUCUUCGCGAGCUGUAGUCAAGACCUUCGAAGAACACCCCGUUUUCCGCGUGGAGGCAUACGAUCCCAAGGCCGAACUGCGUCAGCAGCACAAGAGAAGCGACCAGCAGAUCUAUGCACAAUAUGAAAAGGAUCGUCGAUCGGCAUACUUUGGCAACUUGCCAUUGAACAUGACUACAGAUGUGUUGAAAACACUGGCGAGCCAGUGCGGCAGCGUGCUCUGCGCUGAUGUUGCGACCAAGGAAGUGCCUCAAGCUGGCGGCAGGACUGCUACGACGUGUUUUGGUUUUGUAGAGUUUGUGCGUCCUGACGCGGUUGAGAAUGCCAUCAUGAACUAUCACCGCAAACCGAUCGACGGUCACAUUAUCAAGGUCGAGAGGAAGCGUACACGAACGUUCAAUGGAUCCUCAUAUGGAACCAAUAGCUCUCAGCGAGGAUCAUUCGCCGGCGUGUCGUCUACUUGGCACGGGGGAAAAGGCGGCAAUGGACACGGCAAUCGACUCAUGGAUGCCAAUACUUUUGUCCCUCCCACCGCAGGGCUCUCAACGUCAUUUGUUCCACAGGGGGGUAACAUUGGUAACAUUCGGGCCCAAGACGGUAUUAUUACUUCUCCUAUAAAGGCGGAUGGAUCUCCUCGCCUCUCUCGAACAAACGCCAGGCCAUAUACCCAAUCCAUCACUACCAGUUAUGCCAUCAAUGAUGGAAGCUCUAGUGCGGCAGUCGCUUUCGCAACUGCUUGCAACUACACUCCCGAUGCACAACUACCGAAGCUUGGUGACGAACGGAUGUCUGGGUCCCGAGUCACAGCAGAUGACAAGAGCACCAACAAACGCAAUGAGCCAAAGCGUGAUGGGAAGCUGAGUCUCAACACCGGAGGCAAAGACGGAACGGAAGGACUGAAGUCUCCUCUCACCCUUGCCGAAGCCGCCACCAAGUCUGAACUUCUCGCACAUGCGGUUCUGCAAAUCGAAUCGAGCGAGCACUUUCGCGAGCUCAAGGGCAGUACAAUGAUUCCGCACGGGGCUAAAGACGACAGUAAGACCGCGCAGACUCCCAUCGAGUCCCCUAUGAAUCCCGGCGCAAGGACUCCUCAACCCUAUGGUGCCGAAUCAGCCGCAACUUGCUACUAUCCACUCAUUCAUCCUUAUCCUUACUCUCCGUAUGGUUUUCACCCCAUCCAGCCACUCAUGGCUAAUCCCAUGACACCGCAGGGCGGGCCUAUCAUGUAUAACACGUUCGGUCAGGCAUAUUAUAGCCCCACACCAUACUCCGACAUGUUUACCAUGUACCCGAUGAUGCAACAGUAUCCAGCUGCUAUUGUGGAAACCCCAACUCGCCCUUCUAUGUCUUCCAAUGGCAUCGAAGAUCGAAAUGAGGUCGGGAAGGAAGCAUACGGCAUGUUACCAGAAACUGACAAGAAAAAGGUUGGGAAUGGCAAGGAAAACGACUUCUGA